AGAUUUAACUCGUAAGAACCUUAGAUUAGUUAUUCACAACCCUAAGAAGAGAACAGUAUUGAAUCCAUCAGUUGGUUUAAACAUGACUACAGUAAAAAUUUCCUGCAUGCUUCUUCUUCUUUUCUAUUCAAGUACAAGCACGAAAAGAAUUGAAAUAGAGAGGGAAAUGCCAGAGGACUGCGAGGACAUGAUGAUAAAUCAAUUCUUGGAAAACUCCAGGACAACCCACAAACCUAUUACAACAACACGAUCAAUUCUCGAUCAAUACCCUGUUGUGAAUUUAUGGCCGAAACUGAAAAUGUUUCCAAAAAAAUCGGAGUUACUGAAAGAAAUUCGCCAGAAAACGGAAAUCGACAAGGCUCGAAGGAUGCCAGAUCCAAAUUCAGAUUGUGGUGAUGAAUGUGGAAACUUUUCCUAAAGUGUCUGAUGCCCCUUAGUCGAUUAAAGCCAGUGAGGUAUCUUCAACUCAUAUGAAAAUUUCCAUAAUCAUUAAUUCUAUUCUUUGUAAUCAUAACUGUUAACAUUUUCUUCAAUAAAUAUACGG